GGAAGAUUAACCAAAACUCUCUGUGGACCAAACAGAACUGCCGAUUCCCCGCAACUUUAACCAACCAAAGAUUUGCUUUCUUGAUCGAAACGGAGUACCGCAGGGCUUCAGCUUCUUUGCGCUAUUGUCAUUUUGAUCUCCUGAUGAUCCUGUUCGAGUAUGCUUCCACAAAGCACCCCACUUCUAUACCGUAGUCAGUAAACUCGCAAGCUUGGCUUCAGUACCGUAGCAAGGUUAGCCAUGGCGGAUUUCACAGAGACUGUAUCUGAAGGCUUCAUGAUGGAUCCUACUAAUGCUACUGGAGGGCUCGACAUGAAUGAAACUGAAUCACAAGACUCGACCGUGUUCGCCACAGAUUUUACAGAGUAUUAUCUCCCCCAAAUUGCGGCUCUAUCCAGCAUGUUGUGUAGUGGGUUAAUCAUUGCCGAAGUGCGGGAGGACGGCCGACAGGGAGCUGCCCAAUCUACUACUUUCAUAGCUGUUGGUGCUGUGUCUCAAAUCUUGUUGUCGAUGAGUGCUGGGGAUAUGCUCUUUUCAUUAGGCUGGUUCUUGGCUUCUUGGGCACAUUUUGGUGGGAGCUGCAUCUUUCAGGGCUUAAUAAUUCAACUGGGAUACAUGGCAUCCUUGCUCUUUAGUAGUUCUCUGGCUGUGGUCUAUCUACUCAUGAUCGAGUGCAAUUGGGAUCAAGGCAGGAUUCAAGCCAGAAUCCCCUACAUGAUGCUCAUCUUGUGGAGUAUCUGCCUGGCCUCAGCCCUGGUCCCCUUGGCAUUGCAUAGGUACCGGUACCAACCCGUUGGCCCAGUCUGCUGGAUUCGUUCCCCCAAUCCGAAGGAUGCCACCUUUAUCGUUGCCUCCCUCCAGCUGAUACCCGUUUGGUCAUGUAUCUUUCUGGAUUCUGUGAUUAUGUUUCUCAUUUUUCGAAAGGCAAGACUGCUUGAAGCCCAAGUGGAUAAUGUUGAUCAAUACCAAGAAAGUCUCGAUUCACACACAAGAACAACAGAAGAUGAUUCAGUACAAAUCGAUUUACUAUCUCUCCCUGAUGUGAAUGCAAGCCUUUUAAGAGGAAGUGAGGGGUUGGGGGACAGGGAGAGCCAUCAUGGAGUGCUUAGCUUUGUAGAAUUCAUGCUAUUCGAACCAGUUCCUAUGGUAUUCCCCUACCAAGAUGAAGCUGGUGGAUAUGGGAUGAAUAUUGAUGGAAGCAUGUUGAUCUCCAGUGCCGUAUCCAACACUUCAAGAGCCCAUGAUCCCCGAGAAGAUCAGGUUGAUCCUGUUGAAGACUAUAUGAUUCAACAAGAAGAGCAAGUGACAGGACAGCCAGAGGAACAGCAGCCAGAAGUAACCAUCACUACAGAGCUACAGCAAGAAGGAAGUUUUACAUCCAACCAAAAUGACAACACAAUCCACCACAUUGAACCAUCCACUAUUAUUGACAGUGCCUCCACUGCUGAAUCCUCUGCUGAUUCUACCCCCAGCACGCCUCGAUCACACAAGCGAUCCCAAAUUAUUGCCCAACAAGGCAUGUGGUACAUUGCUGGAUUUUUGAUGACAUAUGGAUUUGCCACAAUUUCCAUUCUUGUUUUUGGUAUUUCUGAAGAAUGGAAUGGCCCCCUGGAUCGCACCAGCUACUUCUUUUUGGCCAGUCAGGCUGUCUUCAACUUUUUGGUCUUUAGCCAUGGGCGACGACAAAUGAAGACAUGGGUGGGGGCUACGCUCAAGAGUUGGAUAUGGAAUGGUGCAGCAUAUUGCCAUCGUUGCUGGUGUCUAUGUCCCACCCCUGCCCGCCCGAGAUUGGUCCCUUUGUGAAUCUACCCCUGCAACUCCUACACAACUCAACGGCUACGACUGCGGCGUCUUCACUUGUGCUUUCAUUGACUGCCUCCUGCGCAAUGACACUCCAACCUUUUCUCAAGAGGACAUGACCCAGUACCGCCGAUGGAUCACUCUGUCCCUUCUUGAGAACCAACUACCCAUCGGGUAGCUGCCCUGAGCACCAUUUCAUUUGCUCGUACCAACUCACACAUGUCUUUCAUCCUUGGCUCCCAGCCCCGACUGGGAGGGCACUACGAGCUUCUCUGUCAACUAAGGAGAGGAGCCAUAGAGUAGUGCAGUAGUAACUUAUUCUAAUCUAGCAAUUCCUAGGUGCUGGGAGGAUAGGGGAGCUCUGCUUGCAUCUCGUGUUACCCGACCCCUCACAGCACCGGUGGAGAUU